CAAAAUCUUAAAAUUAUUAUUACUAAAAAUAAACUAUAUAUUAAAAAAGGUAGAUAAAACAAUUUAUUUAAAUUUAAACAAAUUGCAAAUUGUAUAUUACCUAACCUUUGAAAUUCACCUAAUUUCACAGAGAGCCAUGACGUGUGAAGAAUUAGAGAAAAAGUUAGAAGAAAGCAAGCUCAGAGAUGUUUCAAAAAAACAAUAUAAGAUACUGGGCAAUAUGAUGGUGGCAAGUUCUGGACAAAUUACCGAGGAGUUUAAUUUGUACAAUAAAAAGUUAAUAGAAAACAGUAUCAAAAAACAACUAUUUGAAUCUGUCGAACAGUGUUUAAGGAAAUUAAUCGGAAAAAAAAAUAACUACGGCGAUCUAGGCGAUCGUUGCAGUAAUCUCGCUGAAACUUUGGAAGUGAGUCUUGCAUAUUAUUAGGGGACAACGGGGUUAGUUGAUACAAUUUUGAUAUUUUUAUCAUUUUCAUAAAGGUAGUCAGCCCAUUUUAUAGAGCCACACCUUAGCCAAAUUUCAGUAUACAUUUGAAUUGAAAUAAACAUAUUUUAAUUACACAAAUUUAUAUUGAAUGUGAUCAGUUAAAAUGUAACAACUUACCUCGUGGGGGGGAGGGUUAAGUAGUUACAUUCUAUGGGUAAAGUGUUAUGCUACAGUAGCGCACACAGAGGGAGGUUCAAGAGGUUAAAACCCCUUCCGAAAUGUCUUCGUUCAUUAAAUUUGUUUAAAUCAAGUUUUACAUUUAACAACAUAAUAUUUUAUACCACAGAAUAAAAUAAAAUUGAAUUUUGUCAAAAAUAAUUUUUUCAGUAAUAAUAGUGAUAUGUGCUAUCCCCUCUCUAGAAAGUUAUUAUAAACAAAACCCCUCGCAAAAAAAAAUCUUAAGUGCUCUACUGUUAUACUAUAUCUUAUAUGUAACUACUUAAAUCAUGUAUUUAAAUAAUAUAAAUAUAUUAUAUUUACUAAAUUAUAAUCAAUAGUAAUGAUUUUAAAAUCCAAUGUACAAUUAUUUUUAAAAACCUUGUAACUUUAUUCUUAAAAAAUUUCGAUUUAACAACUGAACAACUAUGUAAUACUAUUCAAAAAAUAAACAUCUUGUAUUGGUAAAACCUUUUUGCAUCAGUUUAAAUACAAAUUUAAAUUUAACAACUACCUAAACAACUUUAUAAUAAAAUUAAUUCGAGAUAAUAAAGAAAACCCGGUUUUUUAGGUUGAAACAAAUUGAAAGAUUAAAAAUAAAAUUAUUAUUGGCAACCCUUUUUAUUUAUUUUAAUCUUUUUUAAACAACCGUUGUCAUGGAAACGCGUUUUGUUGUAAUAAUUUUACCAUAAUUAGCACGUAGGCGCAGCCACUGUUGUAGGCGAGAAGUUAAGAAGGUAGGAUACAGACGGGAAUUUAAUGUAUAUCCGUAAACAACGAUAUAUCAUUGUUAAGGAAAAAACAAUUCUGAGCUGAGUUCAGUUGAUAGUGUUACUUUGUCAACAAUAUGUCAUAUUAUGGUAAGACAAAUACAACAAUGCGCGUUUCCAUGACAGCAAUGAUUGUUUAAAAAAGCUUAAAAUAAUAAAAACCUAGUAAUAACAAAAAAUAAAUAAAAACGGUUGCCAACGAUAACCUUAUUUUUAAUCUUUCAAUCUUUUAUAACCUAAAGAACUGGGUUUUUCUCAUUAUCUUGAAUAUUAAUGAGAAUUUUAAAAAAUGACCUUUUAAAAGUACCAUCCAGAGAAAAUCCUUUCAGAAAAUGUGCUAUAUUUGUAAAUCGGAGUAAGGUUUCUGGUAGAAAGUGUUCAUAUAAAACAAAAAAAAAAUAAAAAUAAACAUGACGAAGACUGCCCCUUUGUAAUACUAGUUUAAAAAAAAAUAACAUUUUAACCAUCUGUAAUGGUAAAACUUUUGUAAUAAUUUACUCCUACUCAACUGUAUCAAAACACAAACCCUAAACAAACUAAUAUAUUAUAAAUCAUUCUCAUAUAAAGAUAAAUUACUAAAUUUGAAAGGUACCACUAGAAUAUGGUACUCUACAAUAUGCUUAAAAACAAUUAAAUAUCAACUUGUCUUAUCUUAAAACACUUUUUCGAAAGAAAAAAAAAUAUGUAAUUCAUUUUCUAAAAUUUAGUUUUGAUAAGAAAAAAACACGAUAAUGUGAAUAAAUUUUGUUAUAAUAAAGUUAUAACAGUAAAAUCAUCCAACAACACAAUCCAUUUUAUGAAUUAUGUAUAGAUAUAUUAUAAUAUUAUAUGUGUCUACAUAGUAAAUACACUGGUUAAUCCGACAGGAUAAUUUAACCAUAUCAGAAAUUGUAUUAGGCCACGUGUUUACUGCCAGAACCGAACAAAGGACCCUGGGGCAGAACUUGAAAAUAGGCACUCUUUUUUUUAGUGUUGAGCCUUAUUUUAUAAAAGUAGAUAUGUUUUUCUAGACAAAUAAUUAGGACAUUUUAUUUUAUUUUUUAUCAGUUUUAUCUUAAGUAUAUUUAUCUAAAAUAAUUUAUGUGGGUGUACAAUAAUUUAUAAUAAUAUGAUUUAGGAGACCGGUAUCACGUUAAUAAACCAACUGCGCGCAACCAUGAGAAGGAGCAUUGAAAUGUCUGAGGAAUUGGAAAAACUCGAAAAAAGACUGGCCAAGUCGACAGAGAACAGAAAGUGGCUAAAAGAGUGCGAGGACAGCUUAGAGGAGUCGAAAAAAAUGGAUGAGGACCGGCAGGAUAGAACAAUAGCCCAUUUGCGGGCAACGAAGAAACACUGGUCUGCUGAACUGGAUCUGGUCAAAUCGGACGUCAACAAAGAACUACUAAAGAUCGGAAAUCUAGACAAGAUUGACAGUAAAAUAAUGUCGGAUAUAAAUAAAUAUCGAUUGGACGCGGACGAAUUCAUGACAAAUCUGCGUUGUGAAAAUGUUUGGUUAAAGAACGCCCAAAAAAAGUGUAAAAAUACCGUAGAUGAGUUACGCGAAGAAGCGGCCGUCCUAAAGGCGCUGUCGCGGUCGUACCGCAAUAAAGGGGAUAGUGAAGACUAUCCGGUACUAUCGGGUACCGGAAACUACCAUGGCAUGUCGGACGAAUCGGACAUUGAGUUUCUCAGACUUUUGGAAUAA